UUAAAUCCGUUUAUCAAAGUGCCAUCGAGCUUUUUAUUAUUUCGGUAUUAGGAGGUAUCCUUCCGGUCCCGGCCUUGUAUUAGCGCCAUCCUGUUCUCAGGGUUUUCGGGGUAUUAGCCAAACCCAUGCACUAAAACCUGUGACGUCGAGCGCAAAAAAUCAAGUUUCUUCAAAAUUUCAACGAGCACCCAAAGUCAACGACAAUGCCAAAAAGAAAGCGUGAUUCGACGCCAUUACCAAGAAGGCGCGCCAAGCGCAACGAUGGCGCCCAGACCAGUCAAGGAGAUGGUCAAACUGAAACCAGUGGAAGCAUGGGACAGCCGUCCUUUAGCUUAUCUAAUGAGCAGUUGCAGCAGGUGUCAGAAGCUGUAGCAAACAUCCUAAGCAAGCAGAGUGAGACAAACCCCCCAAUGCCCAUAGAGCCACUGGAAACCCCCAUGGCCACACGGGAACAGAGUCAAGACAAUAUAAAGCAUUAUCCAUAUCCACAGCAAGGUCCCGUCCUAACCGUCACGGCUGUAAUCACUUUCUUCCUGGAGGAACACAUUGCCCAAGCGGAUAUUUGGCUCACCAGUAGUGCCUAACCUUGAUUCUUAAUAUAUGACUUGGUGCACAAUUGAUUGAAUUUUGCAAUUAUUGUCCAAGCAGGCGAGCAUCUGGUCCCAGGGCUCUCCAUUAUGCUUGUUUUAUUUGUGGGGACGCCACCAAGGCAAGAAUUGAUGCUGGGCUCCCUUAUUUGUUUUAAUGCAGCCGUGGCCUAUAUCGCCAAAUAAAUAUAAAUAAUUAGAUAGAAGUUUUUUUGUUAUCUUUGGUAUA